GCUCCUGAUCAGUUGCAGCAACAACCCUGAAGAGAGCAUUCUACAGGCUCAGCUCCUCUAACGGCACAGCAGAAACUGGACUUUGUAAAAUACACCGAGAAGCUCCUUUUUGCAAAACAGCUCUGAGAACGUCUGACAGAUUUUUCCUCUGCCUUUAUUUGUUUGGCAUUUCUUUAAGCAAGCAUGUGCACAGGAGGUUGUGCCAAGUGUCUGGGAACCACUCUUAUCCCCCUGGCUGUGCUAUGUACCCUCGCUAACAUCUUGUUGUUUUUCCCUGGAGGAAAAGUGGCUGAAAACAAUCUGCACAUUACAGAUGAAGUUUGGUACUUCGGAGGCAUCUUGGGAUCUGGUGUAGUGAUGAUCUUUCCUGCCUUGGUAUUCUUGGGCCUUAAGAAUAAUGACUGUUGUGGAUGCUGUGGGAAUGAGAGCUGUGGAAAGAGGUUUGCGAUGUUUUCUUCUAUAAUAUUUGCUGCAGUUGGACUUUUGGGAGCUGCAUACUGCUUUAUUUUGUCAGCAGUAGCCAUCAACAAAGGCCCUAAAUGUAACACUGGAACAGAAUGGACCUAUCCUUUCCAAGAUGGGGAUUACCUCAGUAACCACACAUUGUGGACCAGAUGUCGCUCCCCCGAAAACAUUGUCCCAUGGAACCUGACCCUCUUCUCCUUGCUGCUUGUCAUGAGUGGGAUCCAGGCAGUGCUGUGUGGCAUUCAGGUGGUGAACGGCCUCUUUGGAACAAUCUGCGGGGACUGCAAAUGUUGCGGAUGCUGUGGGGGAGAUGGAACUGUCUAAAGAAUAUGAGUAUUUCCUUGUCUUGGGAGGCUCCCUUUUGAAACCAUUCCAUAAAGCAGCCCUACAACGCAUCGUCUCUGGCUAAGAAGAUGAGAAUGAAGGGCACUUCCCCCCCACUAACGUUAUGAAGCCCUGACUCCCUUUCUAGCCUUCCUGAAACCGCUCAUCACGGAAUAAAAUAAAUUAAAUACAACUCUCACAUUCAUAA